GGUGGGGCGUGCCCACCUCACAGGUAUGCUGAUCAAAAAACGAAGAUAACAAACGAUGAUUGACCAUAACGUAUGUACCUGUAGUUUACACUCCCAUUUGAUGAGGACGAUGAUUUAAGCUAUGUAUACCCCCAAGCACUAGCCAAGCAGCUAGCACCAUACAGUAGCCAUUCGCUAUGGUCAAAUUACGAUCUUGAGAUUGCCAUCAACCACGACGUAUACAUGAACUCGGUAAAUACAGAGCACGCUAUCCGUAACGGAUGGAAUGGCACAUCAACACCACCUAAUGGAAAAUUUUGGUUUUCAAAUGACACAGAUAUUUUAGAUUAUCAAGUAGACUUUCGCGCCAUCUUUUUACAUGAACUACUUCAUGGCCUUGGCAUCCUAAGCUCAUGGGCAGCGUAUUUUUGGACAAAGAUGUCACCAUUUAGAAUGCUGAUCGACGGUAUCAUAGACCCACUCAAAGUUGAACUUGUGACGCCUAGUCCAUACUGGUUUGUGGAUGGAGACGCUGGACCAGCUUACCUCAGCGGGUUUCAACCAACGAUGAUCUUUGACAAACACUUGACCGUGAUUGAUGACAGUUUUAACACGACAAGAAGCUCCUUCCGUCUGUCAGAACUUGCGGCUGAUAUGCAGAAAAACUUUUGUGUAAACAAUACAGAAGAUGCAUUCAUCUUCAACUUUGUCCAAAUUUUCAGUACCGCCAAUCAAUCAGUGGCCGCACAUAAAUUAUGGGUGUCACUCUCUCAGCCAGAGACAUUACGUUUUCAGUUUCGGCCACCUCCCGUUGCCAACAGUAGUUUCAAUCGUGUAGAUUACCUCAAUCGAACGUAUCAAAGUAUGACAUUACUCACAGGUCAAGACAUGUUUGCCGAACUUGUGCAUGAAACAGUGGAUCCAUCAGUGAACAGGCCCGGUUUGAAGAUUGCUCAUUUAGAUGAUAAGUACGCGGACACUGUGGAUUUUUUGAUGACGCGAGUAUACCACCCAGGCAGAACUUUAGAGAGCUUGGUGACAGAGUAUUACAACGAGAUACCAGAGAUACGGUACAAUACGACAAUGAGCAAUAACACGGUCGUCGAGAAGAUCUAUAGAUCACCUAUAGGACCUGGGAUCCUUCGUAUGCUCGAUUCUUUGAAAUACUCGACUGUAUUGACCAAUACGAAUUAUACAACAGAUGAAAGUGUAAAGACGCUUAAGCCUCGUACGUCAUGCGAUAAUAAUAAUGCGAAUCAGAUCAAGACAACACCUUCGUCUAUUUCCAUUGCGACUGGUGUUAAGAUAAAGUUGACUUACGUAAUAGUUACCUUAGGUUCUAUACUUUUUAUUGUAUCUAUAUAAACCAUACUUUUUGAUGAUAAUCUAAUAUUUCCAACAAGAUUAGCCCCAAGUAUUCUAGUACUAAUG